AUGAUUGGGCUUCCAUUAGAUGAUAGUUCGAGAAAACAAAUCUUCAAGAAGAAGAAUGUUAUUUUAGGAUUGAGUGCACUUGCACUCUUGAUUGUAUUACUUGGUACCAACAUUGUUGGGUACUUGAAAAUUUUGUUUCAGUCAACAGGAGACAAGUCAAUUUGUCCAGUAUUUGAGGUUAAGAGACCCAGCACGUUCGUGAACGACAAUUCCACUGUCAAUCUGAUUAUUCAGGAUGAGAAAUUCAGGUUACUGUCUGUUCAAAAAUUAGCUGGUGCGGUCCAAGUUGACACGCAAAUUGGGGAUAACCAACCAGAUGUGCCAGAUGCUCCAGAAAAAUGGACUCAAUUCAAGAAGUUCCAUAAGUACUUGCAGAAAACAUUCCCAACGGUGUACGAAAACCUUGAGGUUGAAACGGUGAAUACUUACGGAUUGGUUUUCUACUGGAAGGGGUCGAAUUCCAAGUUAAAGCCUGUCAUGUUAACUGCUCAUCAGGAUACGGUUCCAGUGCAAAAGGACACGUUGAAUGAUUGGACAUAUCCUCCAUUUGAUGGCCAUUAUGAUGGUGAGUUUAUCUAUGGUAGAGGUGUUGCAGACUGUAAGAAUGUAUUGGUUGCUAUUUUAGAAUCGUUUGAAUUAUUGCUUGAAAAUGGAUUCAAGCCAGAAAGGGGAGUAAUUGCUUCGUUUGGGUUCGACGAAGAGGCUUCCGGUGUUAGAGGGGCAUCGAACUUGGGUAAAUACCUUGAGAACACAUUUGGGCGUGAUUCUAUUUACGCCAUUAUUGAUGAAGGUCCAGGUUUAAUGGAAGAUCCUUUCAGUGGUCAGAUUGUUGCCAUGGCAGGUACUGGUGAGAAGGGCUACCUUGACAUCGAAGUCGAAUUGACUGCUCCAGGUGGCCACUCUUCUAUGCCUCCUGAUCACACCACGAUUGGUAUCAUGUCUGAAAUUGGUUACCUCAUUGAACGUGAUCCUUUCCAGCCAAUUUUGACCACAGAGAACCCAAUCUUAAACUAUUUGCAAUGUGCAGCCGUACACAGUAAGAAGAUGCCUAGUUUGACGAAAAAGACUAUUUUGAGAGCCGGCUUUGAUAAGUUGGCUAAUUCCAAAGUGUUGAAAAGCCUUCAAGCCAACAAUAUCACUAGGUACUUAGUUGAGACUUCGCAAGCCCUUGAUAUCAUCCAAGGAGGUGAAAAGGCCAAUGCUUUACCUGAGGACGUUAAGUUACUUGUAAACCACAGGGUCGCUAUUGAAUCUAAUUACGAUGAAGUCAAGGACCAUUUCGCCGACCGUCUUAUCCAAGUGGCCAAGGAUCACGGUUUGGGAUUAAAUGCCUUCGGAAAGAAAAUCAUCCCAGACCUGCCAAAAGGUAAUUUGUACCUCAGGAUUUUCAGCCAACCAUUGAAUCCUGCUCCCGUUUCUCCAUUGAACGAUAAGGUAUGGGAAUAUCUUGCAGGUGUCACAAGACAUAUCUUCGAAGAUUAUGUAUAUCCAGAUUUACCUUACCCAAUUGUUUUGACUCCAGGUAUGAUGACAGGUAAUACUGACACAAGACAUUACUGGAACUUAACUAGAAAUAUCUUCAGAUAUACUCCAUUCUUCUCCAAAGAUGUCAUGCAUGAAACAAAUAUUCAUAGUGUCGACGAAAAAUUAAGGUUUGACUCUCACUUACAGCUUCUUGCUUUCUUCUAUGAGUAUAUACAAACGGUAAAUACGCCUAGUGCAGACAAUAAGUAG